AUCUUCAACGCAUCCAAUGGGAAAGCCCCGUUCCGUUUUAGAGCCCGCCCCCGAGAAACCUAUAUAUACUGAAUCCUGCUGCGCUUAUCACCAUUACCGCCUUCACUCACCGAAUCCUCGACGUCGGAACAGAAGGACAUUAAUCGCAAAAAUGCGCGAGUGUAUCUCCAUGCACGUCGGCCAGGCCGGUACCCAGAUGGGCAAUGCCUGCUGGGAGCUGUACUGCCUGGAGCACGGCAUCCAGCCCGACGGACAGAUGCCCUCCGACAAGACCAUCGGAGGGGGGGAUGACUCCUUCAACACAUUCUUCAGCGAGACGGGGGCGGGGAAGCACGUCCCCCGGGCGGUGUUCGUGGACCUGGAGCCCACCGUCAUCGAUGAGGUUCGUACCGGAACCUACCGCCAGCUGUUCCACCCUGAGCAGCUGAUCACAGGGAAGGAAGACGCGGCCAAUAACUACGCCCGCGGUCACUACACCAUCGGCAAGGAGAUCAUCGACCUCGUGCUGGACAGAACUCGCAAGCUGGCGGACCAGUGCACAGGUCUCCAGGGCUUCCUCAUCUUCCAUUCCUUCGGUGGAGGAACGGGCUCCGGCUUCACCUCUCUGCUGAUGGAGCGUCUCUCCGUUGACUACGGGAAGAAGUCCAAGCUGGAGUUCGCCGUCUACCCCGCGCCCCAGGUUUCAACCGCCGUGGUGGAGCCCUACAACUCCAUCCUGACCACCCACACCACCCUGGAGCACUCGGACUGCGCCUUCAUGGUCGACAACGAGGCCAUCUACGACAUCUGCCGCAGGAACCUGGACAUCGAGCGCCCUACCUACACCAACCUCAACAGGCUGAUCGGUCAGAUCGUCUCCUCAAUCACCGCCUCCCUGCGCUUCGACGGUGCCUUGAACGUCGACCUGACAGAGUUCCAGACCAACUUGGUGCCCUACCCCCGUAUCCACUUCCCCCUGGCCACCUACGCCCCUGUCAUCUCCGCCGAGAAGGCCUACCACGAGCAGCUGUCGGUGGCCGACAUCACAAACGCCUGCUUCGAGCCGGCCAACCAGAUGGUGAAGUGCGACCCUCGCCACGGCAAGUACAUGGCGUGCUGCCUGCUGUACCGCGGAGACGUGGUGCCCAAAGACGUCAACUCCGCCAUCGCCACCAUCAAGACCAAGCGCACCAUCCAGUUCGUGGACUGGUGCCCCACCGGCUUCAAGGUGGGAAUCAACUACCAGCCCCCCACCGUGGUGCCGGGAGGAGAUCUGGCCAAGGUGCAGAGGGCCGUGUGCAUGCUGAGCAACACCACCGCCAUCGCCGAGGCCUGGGCGCGCCUGGACCACAAGUUUGACCUGAUGUACGCUAAGAGGGCCUUUGUCCACUGGUACGUCGGGGAGGGCAUGGAGGAGGGAGAGUUCUCCGAGGCCAGGGAGGACAUGGCCGCCCUGGAGAAGGAUUACGAAGAGGUGGGCACCGACAGCGUCAACGAGGAGGACGAGGGUGAAGAGUACUAGGCCUUUAUUAGGCGAAGACUCGGACGGGCGCCAGGGAGGCAGACAUAGCGUUGGACCUCAUUCCAUUUAGCUAAUGCAUUCCUCUGAGCCACCAAUACCGUUCAGCACUCACUCGAAAAAACAUACACCUUAUUAAAAAGAAACCAUAAACAAAA